AAAAUUUUAGCAUGUGCCAUCACUCAGCGGGCGAAUGUCUUCAGAGUCCGCAUUUUGUCUUGCAUAAUUUGCCCGGCAUCCAGUGGUGUAUAAGGGUUUAUCCAGAAGGAUAUUUGGUCGGGAGUCGCCCUCUCCAGUGAGUUGUCGUUAUAUAUUAUCGCCAUUUAAAGAUUGCAUAUCCGUUUAUCUCCAUAGGUUGGAUAACGUUUCAGAAAACUUCAAAAUCGAAACUACCAUUCAAGGCUUGGAUUUCAAUGAAAAGUUCAUUUUUGGUCAUAACGAAGCAACCACAUAUAAAUUAGCAGCACAAGACGAAUUCAGGUAUUCGAAAGCUCCCGACAAAAUAUCCCUUGUUCGACAGUAAAUAAACGACAUCCUGGUCAUAAAAUGCACUUUAAAACCAGUAUUUAAUAUUAGUGAAGGAGAGAUUCUGCCUCACAUUUCUUUUAAAGAUGGUUUCAUUACGGAUCUUAAGUUACGUGCUGAUGAUGCUGUUUUUGGAGUCCAUAAAGCUAUGUUAUUAGCGAGGUGGCCCGAAAAUGCUAGAAAAACUGAAUGCUGAAGAAACUUCUGAAACAGUUCUGGAUGUUCGACCAAAAGUACUGGAAGCCAUGCUCGAAUAUGUUUAUACUGGGAAACUUGAUUGCUCUGAAUCGAAAUUUUUAUCAGACGUUUAUGCUGCUGCAAGCAAGUAUGAACGUACACAUUAACCUACAAGUUAUGCAGAAGUAGCACGGAAAGCGAAGACACAUAAUGUAAAGAAAAUAUCAUUUCAGUGGCCGAUACAGAAUUUCUCCAGUCUCCCCAUCAAUUCGACAUUGCAUAGUCAAGUAUUUUCUGUCGAAAAUGUAAAGUCUUGUACAUGGAAUUUAGUAUUUCAUAUGCGUGAAGAUGGCGUGUAUGGUAGAAUAUUUGACAUAUCUGUUUGCAAAGUAAUUGAAAAUAGGUCCAAGGCGAUUUUCGUUAAAAGCACUAUAUCCUUCGGCAAGACCUACUGCGAAAAUGAACACUUAUUUCAAAGGGAUAAAACAUGGAAAUGUGCAGAACUUUCUCGACCAGUCUCAACAAAUCCGCAAGAUGUAUUGAUACUCGAAUGUGAAUUGAAAUUUUCUGAUGGUAGUUCAUCUGUUGAGAAACUGGAGUCUUCAUGUGUGCCAGCGUCUUUCAUUAAUUGUAAUUACUUUAGCAGUGACAUGGCAGCUUUUUACAAAAGUGGCAAUUUGACAAAUGUUAGCAUUAAAGUACUUUCGAAAAACCUUCGGGCGCAGAAAUUUAUACUUUCUGGCAGAUCCUCUGUAUUUUCUCGAAUGUUUCGAACCAAAAUGAAGGAGUCAAAAAAGAACAUUGUUCGUAUUAAAGAUGUCAAAGUCGAUAUAAUGGAUGAAUUGCUUUUAUACAUGUAUUCUGGUUACUUAGGAAAACCGUUAGCACACACAGUUCAGGAAUUGUAUGUAGUAGCUGACAAAUACGACGUAUCAGCUCUAAAGAAAAAAUGCUCAUGCUUUCUCAAGGAAAAUCUAGCUGUCACAAAUUUGUGCAACUUGCUUCAGCUUGCUGAUCUGCAUUCCGAUGGGGAUUUAUACAACUGCGUGUUAACAUUUAUUCGUAAAAAUAGCGAAGUUGUUUUCUCAAGCCGUGAAUGGAAAAACUUCGUGAAAGGUAACUUAGCUGCGAAAAUUUUGCAAAGUGUUAUAGGUAGUGGGAAAAAUGACUGCAAAAUUGUUUGAAUGAUUUUUUACUUCUAUAUCUUAGCUUUAAAGUUUCAUCAAAAUUACCUCAACUGUUAAUUAUUGCCUUUCCUUUUGUAAAUAAGAAAGAAUUGUAAGUAUAGACUGAAUUUCUCAGCUACUCUUACAAGUUACGGUAGUAUUUGUAUUGCAUUUUAAAUAGAAAUAUCUGUAAUCUUAUGAUUUUAUUUUUUUCCAUCUCGUUUUGUAUCUUGUGAUGUAAUAUUACAAGAUACAAAGCGUCUUGUAAUAAUAAUAAUACGUCUCUAUAAAGUUGUAUGAUAUUAUACAGUUUCAUUUAUAAUGUGAA